GCAGCGCAGAGGCGAGUGAGUGCGGACCGCGGCGGAACUUUUCGAGGCCGUCGAAUGUCGCCUGCAAACUAAAAGUUCUGGAAUAAUAACAAUUUAAAAAGAUUUUUUUUUUAAAAACCGCAGCCGAUAGCACGUUGGACCGCAGACGGUGUCUCGUGGACGUGUUCAGUUGAAAGCAAGAGGACGAACAUGAGCGGAGGGGGGACGCCGUACAUUGGCAGCAAGAUCAGCCUCAUCUCCAAGGCCAAGAUUCGCUAUGAGGGGAUCCUGUACACCAUCGACACCGAGAACUCGACCGUGGCUCUCGCUAAGGUUCGCUCCUUCGGCACUGAAGAUCGGCCCACUGACAGGCCUAUCCCACCCCGGGAGGAAGUGUUCGAGUACAUCAUCUUCCGCGGAAGUGACAUAAAAGACCUGACCGUUUGCGAGCCGCCCAAGAGCACGAGCAACCUGCCUCAGGACCCUGCCAUAGUCCAGUCAUCAGUUGGAUCCAGCAAUGCCGCAGGAGCAGCAUCAUCAUUCCAGUCCGCUGGUUCCUAUGCUCCGUUCAGCAGUGCUCCUGUCCCACCUUACAGCCAGUUUGGUGUGGCCCCCCUUGCAGCCCAGCACUUUGAAUCUGCUGGAGCAGGAGGACGCACUAGUCCCCUGCUGGACUCUUUAAAGAAAGGCCCCAACCUGGAGCAGGCCGUGCAUGCCCCACCGUCAGCUGCCCCAGUGCCACCUGCACCUGUCGGACAGAGGAGUCAGACAGGGGUUGCAGGCCCAACCAGACCCACCAGCACCAUCACUGGCAGCCAAAAGCCCCCAGACCUCCUGGAGCAGCGAAAAGCUCCUGAUGUUCAGAAAGUGUCACAGCCAGAUGUUGAACACGGUGCCGUUGAAAACCGGGAUCCCAACAAGCGUCAUGCUGAUUUGUAUUUUCCAGCGGGCGCUCUGCCCCUCCGCCGCGGACGCGGAAGAGGAAACCGUAGCAGAGGCAAAGUGAACUUGCGCCGGGACGGCACCAUGAAGUUCGAUGAAGACUUUGACUUUGAGACCGCCAACGCCCAGUUUCACAAAGAUGAGAUUGACAAAGAGCUCCAGAACAAGCUCAAACUGAAAGAUGACAAGCCUGAGAAGCCGCUGAACGGAGAAGAAACUGCUGACUCAGAACAUCCGGUCAAUGAGGCCGCCACUGAGGAGGAGGAGGCUGUGAACAACCCAUGUUACUAUGACAAGACCAAGUCCUUCUUUGAUAACUUGUCCAGUAACGCUGAAAGUAAAUCGGGUGAAAGAGGAUUUUCAAGGGAUCGAAGGUCAAACUGGGCCGAGGAGAGGCGAAUGAAUGCCGAGACGUUCGGCAUCCCCAUGAGGCACAAUCGAGGAAGAGGGGGUUUCCGUGGCCGCGGCUUCAUGGGGCCCCGCGGAGGCAGAGGGCGACCGGUGAGCAGGGGCUCCUUCGGGCCACCCCGGGGUCCCCCACCCGGUUUCAGAGGCGGAUUCAGAGGUGGCAGAGGAGGCCGGGAUUUCUCUGAUUUUGAAUACAGGAAGGAUAACAAGGUGGCUGCAUAGUGCAAGAGCAAUGGAUCCAAAAAGAACUGUAGCCCCUCAUCGUGAAAUUAUUCCAGCUCAAGAAAUUUUCUUUGGUUUCCACAUUUGACAGGAAAAAAAAUGAAGACAUCUUCUCGGUCACCAGCACCGGGGUUGACCGUUAGACAUCAGGGGGUGAGAGUACACAAGUUUAGUUUGAUAAACAGCCAUCAGAUGGACAAGAUGUGUCAAUACACUGCUUCGGAGUGACGCUGUAUUUUUGCAUCGGUCAAGUUCAUUUCUUUCCGAAGGCGUCUUUGAUAUUGAAAGCUGUAUGCAGAAAGCCCACUGAUACUGUGAGCAGAUCACGGUUCACGUGAUCCAUAGCUUUAUUUCUUAUUUUCUUUCAGUUUUCUGAUCAUAUUCGGGGGGCACCAAAUUUCAUUGCAUUGCCUGUUGCACCAUAUUUUUCCCACCUGCUCAGACUAAUGUUGGUUACCAUGUGUGGUUCUUCUAUCAUCCAUUCAUUCUCAAUAAACUGGUGAGGUCAAAGCCAACUGACAGAAACUAAAUCCAAGCUGAAUUCUGGAAUGAAUGAAUGAAUGUAUAUCUAGCUCAUCUUCUAAUUCGUGCCCUCCAGCAAACCAACGACAGACGGACCCGCCUCCUAGUGUUUUUUAGAAACUAGUGCUCGGUAGUUAGAAUCGUUAGAUCAGGCUUCGUCCCCUCGGACCUCCCACAUCAGAUGAAUUUUUUUCUGCUUUAGUUCUGUAGCUGGUUAUGUGAAGGCAGCCUGAUGCAGGAACCCAACAGGAGCCAGUCGUUUGAGGUGUGGGGACUUCACAGCAAAUCAUUUAGAAGUAUUUGUUUACUAGACUUUUUUUGAGCAGGUCUGCUUAUACAGUUGACUAAAAAAGGAGCAUUCCCGUGAUUAGUGUCAGAAAGAGACUCGUCAAUCGCUUUAAGCGCCUUUAGAAGUUCUUAGGAAACGGAGGCCUCGAGUUAAUUAUUCCAAACAUGCGGUCAGGAUGAACAAGUUGGAUUUGGAUAACGGAUGCUCCCAACUUUUGCCAAAAAGAAUAUGAGGGGAUUGGUUGCGAUAGAAAAAAUUGUCAGCCACGUGUCAUGUUUUCACAUUUCAGUAACUCUUUAAAACGUUCCUUCCAUGUCCGAAACAUAAUGAGCCAUCUGUCAAAGCAUUUUUCUCUUUUUUAUUUUUAUUAACAGCAUCCUUUGUCUUACACUUGUGUCAUCGACAUUGUUUUUGUUGUCUGUACAGGCAGCUGUUUUCCACUGCAAGACUUAAGUACUUGUUGUGAUUGUUUACUGAAAAUGGGAAUCUUGUAAGCGGAUUGAAUGAUGUCUCGAUAACGGUGACAGCAUUUCUGAAAGCUACCAGACCUCCGGCUUGUCCAUAGCUCCUCUUGUUGCAUUAUGGUCAAUGUGAUUGUUCUCUGGAGUGACUUUCUUUUUCCCGAUGUGUGAUCAAAGGGACGAGAACUGGAUGUGGUGCCAGUGUGUUGGGAGGGAGGUGGGAUAUGAUUGUUUUUUUUCUUUUUGGCUCUGAUUUGAUAGUACUUUAAUUUGUUGACAGCUCUCCCUUUAACUUGAAGGUAAAGUAUUGAUAGCACUACAAGCUGCAAUAGAUCCUUUCUACAGCUGUGGCUGUUUGAAACCAAGCAGCCCAGUUGAAUAUGUGCUGUUUAACUGGAUAUUGUCGACUGCAGACCACUGCAUGAAAGCCGUAGAAUCCAUCCCUUUUCAGGGGCUUUCACAAUAACCAGCGAGAUUGAAUUUGAGACUAAAAGUAUUACCGAGCAAUUCAAAGCUGACGUGUGUUUUCAUAUGUUUGUUACUCCUUCCAGUCACUGGAAUUGUAAACCAGGAAUCGUUUUCUUGAGAAUAUCAGCAGAAUUGAGUUUUUACAUCGAAUAAAGAGUUGUACAAUA